ACGCGUUUCCGCCCCGCGCGGGUAUAAGGCGCGGCGACGUAGGGCCGCGGGUUCGAUUCCCGUCGCCGCCCCUCCCGGUUCCGUGUGCGGUUCCGCUGCCGGUUCGGCCGCAUGUGCGCGCGGAUGGAGCCUCCGUUCUUCCGUUCUUCACCCUCCCCGGCCUCUUUCUGCCGCCCGGAGCCCGAUUACAGCGUGCUGCCGGCAGGAUGGGCUCCCACGGAGCCGUUCCGUGCUCUCAAACCGUGCACCGACGGCGGAUUUUUCGGUACCGGCGGCGGUACCGGAGGGGGGGGCCCGUUCUUCUACCCCCCGGCGGCGGAACGCGACAAUUUCCCCACGAGCUUCGCGCAGGCGCUGGAUGAGCUGCACCACCCCGGACCCCCCAACGUCACCAUCACGGAGCCCCCCCCGGGGAUGGCAGCACCGGGGGGGCCCUUCCAGGCGGUUCCCACAACGGAAGGAUCCCCGGAGCCGCCCCAAACGGCGGAAUCCCCCGAGCGGCUUCAAGCGGAACGGCGGCGGCUGCGGAACCGGCUGGCGGCGAGUCGGUGCCGGCGGCGGAAGCUGGAGCGGAUCGCUCGGUUGGAGCAGCGGGUUCGGGGAUUGCGGGCUCAAAACGCCGCGUUGGCGGCGGCGGCCGCGGGGCUCCGCGCUCAGGUGCGGAGGUUGCGGGGCUCCGUGCGGGACCACGCGGGGUCGGGCUGCCCGCUGCCGCACGGAGCCGCGCUCGGCUUCUAAACGGGGCUGAGGGGGGUCUGCAGGGUGCGGGACCCCACGGAGAGCAAAGAAACCCCCCCUCGAAUGGAGCCACGGCGGCUCCGGAUGGGACUUUUAGGGGGGUCUUCAAUGGAGCCCCCCCCACAGCGGCUCCAGGCGGCGCCUAUGGGGGCAUCGCCAUCCGGAACGGACCCCGCAGCGCUGCCGGCUCCGGGUGGGAUUUCUGAAGACCCCCAGCUCCCUGAGGCGCCUCGGGGUGGGAUUCCUGGGGGUGCCGACCCCAAACCUCCCCUCGUCCCCCCCCCCGACGGCUCCGGUUGGCACUUACGGGGAUUCCUCCGACGGCUCCAGAUGGGACUUAGGAGAGCUCUGCCCUUCCCGGGGUCCUCCAGCGACUUCAGGGGACCCCCCCCCCACUCGACGGCGGCUCUGGUGGGACUUUGUGGGACUCCGACCUUCCCCCCCUCCGAGGACGAGCACAGAACUACAGGGACAAGGGACGGGGGGCUUUUAAUGUUCCCCCCCGGCCAAAGGACCGACCUGAAGGGUCCUGCGGGACCAGGGCCCCUCCCGCCGGGGCUGGGACAACCCCAAAGGGGCCUGGAGCCCCUUCCCCAGGACGAAGAAGCCCUAUUAAUUCGCGGGUGUUCCCCCCCCCUGGGGUGGGAAACGUGUUUUAUUAUUGUUUUUUUUUUGUACGUUUGUACUGAUUAAUUUAAUUAAGAGAAGGAUUGAGGUCAUUGCUGAGUGCUCUGUGGGGGUGGGUUACUCCCCCCGUUCUUCCCGGAACCCCCA